AUGGACAAUUCACCGUCCUCGAGAUCCGGGAGCGUAUCGAAAGGAAAGAGCAAGUCGCGCAGAUCGAACGAGCACAAACGGAAGCGCGACGCUGAAACGGGGCCGUCGAACUCUAACGCCAUAGAGUUCGCCGCGGAAGCUGGCCCGAGCACGGCUAAUGGUGCAACGAGACAGAACGCCGCGAACGCCACGUUUGGUGGAGAGGACUUCGUCGCGUUCACAUUCUCGGAUGACAAUGAGGAAGAUGACUCGGAGAAGGAAGAGGUCGGGCCUCGGGAGUGGGACAAGGGCAAGGGCAAGGCGAGAGACUCUGAGGGCUCGGGGCGCAAACGAAAACACGACGAAGUAGAUGACGGGAGCACUGGCAGGAGACGACCGGUAGAUGCAGCAGUCUCGAAGCGUGCACCCUGGGCGGCACAUGUAGACUGGGACCGGUGCAACAACGUUGCAGAGAUGCUGCAUAAAGAGGUGGAAGCCUUUGUCAAAUAUAUAUCUCCUACUCAAGAGGAAGACGAGAUAAGGUCGCUCAUAGUCGAAUCAAUCUCACGAGCUGUGACGAAGGCCUUUCCCGACGCGCGAGUGCUGCCGUUUGGCAGUUAUGAGACCAAGCUAUACCUGCCACUAGGCGAUAUCGACCUCGUGAUAGAGUCGGACUCCAUGGCGUAUAAUAACAAAGUGAACGUGUUGCAGGCUCUCGCAACGACUAUGAAGCGAGCUGGCAUCACAGAUAAAGUCACCAUUAUCGCGAAGGCCAAGGUGCCUAUCAUCAAGUUCGUCACCCGCCACGGUCGUUUCUCUGUCGACAUCAGCCUCAACCAGAUGAACGGUGUCAAGGCCGGCACGAUGAUCAAGCGCUUCCUGGAUCACAUACCCGCCCUUCAGGCCCUGGUUCUCAUUACGAAAUCGUUCUUGAGCCAGCGGAGCAUGAACGAGGUCUUCACUGGUGGGCUGGGCAGCUACAGCAUCGUGUGCCUGGCCAUCAGCUUCCUCCAGAUGCAUCCCAAGAUUCGCAGGGGCGAGAUCGACUCAUCGAAAAAUCUAGGAGUGCUUGUCAUGGAGUUCUUCGAACUCUACGGAUGCUACUUCAACUAUCGCGAAGUCGGCAUAUCUGUCCGGGACGGCGGCUCGUACUACAACAAGGCGCAACGUGGUUGGGCAGAUUACAAGUCGCCGUUCCUGCUCUCGAUAGAAGACCCGGGCGAUCCUUCCAAUGAUAUCUCUAGGGGUUCCUUUGGAAUCGUCAAGGUUCGCACGACGCUUGCAGGAGCGCAUAGCAUCAUGACCGCGGCAGCAUACGUGCAUGCAAGUUAUAUCAAUGCACGUCGGGAAGGCCACUAUGUCCGGCUCUCGAGCCAUAAGGAUCCAGAGGACAUGAGCAUCUUGGCCAGCGUCAUGGGUGUCACCCAAGAGGUCAGUUUUCGUCUGCGUGCCUGGUGA